UUCAGAUCAAAAUUAAUGGUACAUGUACUUGAUUCCGUUUCAGAUGAGUUAGGGUUCAAGAUUGAAGGAGGACUUGAUUCCCCUAUCAUUCCUGGGGAUCCAGGAAUAUUUGUCCAACACGUCGUCCCAAAAGGACCAGCCUAUGCUAAGCUUUACCCUGGUGAUAGAAUAUUGGCGGUCAAUGACGUAAAUGUUUCUCACGUGACACGAAGGGAAGCCAAAGAGAUAAUCAGUAACACAACAGGACCGGUCAUUGCGAUUUACGUCAAAAGAGCAACUCGGAGACAG